AUGGCGACCUUCAGUAGCAAGACUGAGUUCUGGAAGUGCCAAGUUCAGAAGUAUGCUUUGACCAAAACGGCACUUCAGAACAUCUUGGUCAAAGAGCAGCACUGGAGCAACCUUGAGGAGAUGAGCAAGAAGAACCUUGAGGAUGAAUGGGUUCUUAAGGCAGCCAUCAGAAAUGGCAUCUUGGGCUACAUCCCUUCAGGUGAGACCAUCACCUUGUGGCCUGGCUCAAGGGUUGAGUACUGGAAGAGUCGCCUUAUCCAGGUUUCAGCAAGCCUUGCAAAGGAGCUCGGCAAGGUUCAGACCCAGCUGGGGAAUGACACUAAGAAGAGGCAGGAUAAGGAGAAGAAGGCUCAGGCUGCUAAGGCAGUUGCCGAGGAGAAGCUGAGCAGCAUGAAGAACAAGGAGUCAGCAGCUGCAGCCAAAGCCAAGGAGCUCAUUGAGACCAAUUCCUUAAGGGUCACACGGAAGGAUCUCACCCUUGAGGAGAAGCACCAAAUCAAGAGCCUUCAGGGGGCCCCUGAGGAGCAGGCCAAUUUGAGCCAUGCUGAGAGCUUUCAGAUGACCAUUGACGGCUACACUGAGGAGAAGGCUCAGCAGGAGAAGGAGUUGAAGGAAGCUAGCAGCCUGUGGAGCGCAUUCCGCAAGUGCCGCAGCGCAGCAGGCCCAGCAAAGCCUGCCAAUGUCCCUGGCAGCGCCAUGAGCUCCCAGCUGCUGCUUCCCAUCGCGGAGCAGACAGGCCCUGCAAGCGUUUGGAAGCGACACCUCAGCGAGGCGACCAAACGCUCAGACUGGUUAGCUGUUCUUCUUGGGCCUGCCAUUUCGGUGCCCUUUGCAACCUGCUAUGCCGCGCUUAUCUGCGGCGACGCAACUAUGCAUGCCUAUUUUCCGAUAGUUUUACAGCAAGUGAUGUGGACACAGUUGGUUGGUUCCAUCAUCGCGUUAGUGAUCGGCCAGUUUGUGACGACGACAAAUCUGGACCCAUUGACAGCAAUUCUUUUCGGCCAGCUUGCUCGAAAGGUGUCGAGGCUGCAGGCCGGCGAGAGCCAGGAGGUGGUCCUCAUCAACAUGAUGGUUCUCAUGCCCCUGAUUUCCCUUUGCCUCGGUAUGGUGCUUUAUGUAGUCGGCAAGCUCAAACUGGCCAUGAUGCUACGGUUCAUCCCUUACACCGUGGUUGCGGGCUUCCUCGCCGGGAGCGGUAUCUUGAUCUUGCAGGAGUCGCUUUCCCUUGCCGGAGGGGUGGAGCUGGGAGAUCUUUGCCGCCAGUCGCUGGCGGGACUCACAGAUUUGGCCGGCGGCAGCUUGAUGGGCCGCUGGCUGCAGAUUUUCCUCUCCAUCGCCUUCUCAGCACUUCUGGAAGCUGCGCGCGAGAUGCACAUCUUCGGCACUCCUGUGGUGAUGGCGGGCUCUGUGGGUCUCAGCCUGAUGCUGGAGCACUUCUCCCAGGGCGCCUUACCCCCCAGGUCGUGGUUCUUGGAAUUUCCUGAUCCCGUCAGCUGGUGGGAGCCUUUCGUACGCAUGAAGGAUGGUCUUCAUCAGAGCUACAACAAGACGGAGAUGGCGGAUUUGGAAUUCUUGGGAAGCUUUUUGGUGAUCAUGACGGUCUCCUGGAGCAUCAACACCCUGGCGGUUGCCAAGCUGGUGCCGUUGCGACCUGGCAUCAGGCGCUGUGAUGAGCAAGACGAGAUACGCACUUUGGGCCUGACCAACGUCUUGCUGGGCUCCUGCGGUGGGCUCUGCUCCAUGCAGUCCUUUAAGAUCCCCAUGAUGAUGAAGGCUGUGAGGUCCGGGCCGACUUGGCCUUACUUCAACGUGGUCGUCAAUGUGGUGCUUUUUCUCGCCUCUCCGCGAGUCAUUGUACAGUCAGUCCCACGGUUUCUUUUUGCAGGCACCGUGGUGCGCCUCUCGUGCGACCUCAUCAACGAGUGGCUGCUGGACGCCCGGCGCCGCAUCUCAGCGGAGGAGUGGCUGGUGUUGUUGGCUACAGCGAUCGUAGUCGUCAUUAACGUGACCCUUGGAAUUCUCUUUGGACUGUUUUGCACGUUGGCAUGGUUUGCUUUCGAAUACAUGAACGUGACUGGCAUCGCGUUUGAAAGCAGCCUACGAGAGAGCCGAUCCAGAGUGGAGAGAACCGAGCAAGAACAUGCUCUUCUACAGCAGCAUGGUGGUUCCACUUUGAUCCUUUGGCUUAACGGCUACUUCUUCUUUGGCUUGGCUUGCCAGGUCAUUGAUCAGGUGCGUGACAAGAUCGGCGAGCGGAGCGCCACGCUGAUCAUCCUGGACUUCUCCGCCGUCCCGGCGAUUGACGCCAGUGGUGUGUGCGCCCUGGUGGAGUUGGUGAAGGAGCUGCAGGAAGAUCACAAGGCGCGGUGCAUCCUGUCGGGAAUGGCGCGGCGGCUGAAGAAGUCGCUGGAGCGGGAAGCGCAGCACCAAAGGGUGCGCGAAGUGGAAAUGUAUCCCGACCUUGACAAGGCCGCGGAGGCCUGCGAGGAGGCGAUCCUGAAACAGCUGCCGCCCCCGGCCAAACGCAGGAAUGACUUUGGCACGCGGAAGAGCAUAUCCAAGAUAGAUUCAUUGAACUGCAUCGCCGAAGUAGCCGACACGCCCUUCUCACUGGAGCGCAGCAACGAGCCGGAUGGCGGAAUUUGGCAUCACCUCCUCGCAAAUGAGCUCCCUCAUCUGGAUCCAGACAAUCUUUCGGUGACAAUCCUCCGUACGUUGGCUGGUGAGCCUCAAGAGAAGGCUAGUGGCAGGUGA